AUGUCCCUAACAAAAUGGCCUGAGAGGCAAAAAAGUCUUUAUGAAUAUCAUUUAUAUAUGAACUCUUUGGAGACUAAGGAGGAAUUAUUAAAUACAAAAGUUAAAACAAAGUACCGUUCUAAAUUUUACAAUAAAAUUGAUAAAGAAAAUCGAAAUGAAAAACGUUGUUCAUCUAAGACCAUGGGAUCGCCGCAGAUAACAAAGGUUGACCCUAAAAAAUAUUUGAAAAAAGGAGGCGGUUUUAAACCAGAAGUACCUCAGGUGACCCAUAAGUGUCAUAAAUUGAAUAUACCAAGAGUUCCUGCAAGAUCUACAUUAUCUUUAAAUACGGUACGCUUAUAUGAAGCCACAGAUACAUCAAAUGUUACAUCAAAUACUACUUCAAAUACAACAUUAGUCAAUCAUCCUCUGGAAAAUAUACUAAAUAGAUUUGGCGAUACUAAGUCCUUGAAAGAAGUCGAGCCGGUGUAUGUUCUAAAAACCUCUUUUGGAAAGGUGCCGAAAUACAUUAUAGAACAACACAUCGGGGAUUCGUACGAUCAACCUGCUGGUGGUGAAAAAAUUGAACAUGCAAAAUCGUAUAAGUGCAACCUCAUUCAGGAAAUUGAACAUUACGAAAUGUUGAAGAAUCUGAAAGAAAACUGGACUGAAACGUAUAGAGAAUACCAAAAAUUGCCCCUUAAGCCGAUUAAGGGUUACGUGGCACAGAAAAGGGCACAACUAGAUAAUCAUCUAAAUGCUUUAGAAAGAGAUAUUCGGCUGUUGGAACGGCAUCCAAUUAUAUAUAUGAAACAAGAGUAG